AGUAUCCGUGGCAGCCGCCGAUUGCAGUUACUGAAGAGAAGCUUCUACCGACAGUCGUCUGGGCCGCAGCGCGCUGUCGAGACGGCUCGGCAGCUAUGGCCAAGGACAUCUUGGGUGAGGCAGGGCUGCACUUCGAUGAGCUGAACAAGCUUCGGGUGUUGGACCCAGAGGUUACCCAGCAGACCACAGAGCUCAAGGAAGAGUGCAAGGACUUUGUGGACAAAAUUGGCCAGUUUCAGAAAAUCGUUGGUGGUCUGAUUGAGCUUGUUGAUCAGCUUGCCAAAGAAGCAGAGAACGAGAAAAUGAAGGCCAUUGGUGCUCGAAACUUGCUGAAAUCCAUAGCGAAGCAGAGAGAAGCCCAGCAACAGCAACUGCAGGCACUGAUAGCAGAAAAGAAGAUGCAGCUAGAAAGGUAAGCGGCCAUGAUCACCUCAGACUCUUUUUCCUUCUCUGCCACCUUGGCUUUCCUCACCAUCUUUCUGUGUAGAGCAUUUCACUGGGUGUUAAGACUUUAAAAUUUGAUAGUGUGGGGACUUGGUUAAUUCCAAAUGGCCUCCCGUAGUGUGAGCACUGGUUCUUAGAACUAGGCCUGAGGCCACCUCCCAUGCCUUCCCCUAGGGCUAGAGGUUUUGCAGGUGGUCUUAAAUAGGGCUGUUUGACUCUUGCCCUGCCUUCAUUCUCAACUCAUGGUUUCUUACAGCUGUUUAAAGCUCUAUACUCUCAAAAAAUUGUGUUUUUCAUUCUUUUCAGGGCUUCUAACAAUUUUGUUUUUCAGGUAUCGGGUUGAAUAUGAAGCUUUGUGUAAAGUAGAAGCAGAACAAAAUGAAUUUAUUGACCAAUUUAUUUUUCAGAAAUGAACUGAAAAUUUCAGUUUUAUAGCAGGAAGGCAAAAAAAAAAAAAAAAAAAAAAAAAGAAAAGAAAAAAAAGAAAGAAAAAAAGCACCUCAACCAAAAAACAAAGACCAAACCUCUACCAUUCCAGUGAUUUGAUGUAUGUCACGGCAGUGCUCCAGGGGCAGCUGGUAAACUGUGCAGCCACUGCUAGUGGCCAAGCAGCACAGGGCCUUACUCUUCUCAGCACAAACUAAGUGUCUGUAAAUGCUGAUCCACUUUUUUGGGAGAGGUAGUUAAAUUCACAAGGAAAAGCAAUAAAUACCAAAUAAAUACUUUC